CAAUUGAUUAAACGAAACGAAGAAGGCAAUCAUGGCUGGGGUGGUUGGAUUAGCACUUAGCAGUCGUGGUGCUCGCCCGUUGAAGCCCAACGCCCAGAAAAACCUUUUUAAUUUCGAUUCGAUUCGCAUAUUCUCCGUCGGUUCACUCGAGUGCCGUGCGUCCACGAGUGUCGCUGGAGGAGCAGCAACGGCGUUCCCAUGGCGGCGACGCUCUCGUUUGUUCGCUCCGCCGCCUGUUACCUCGUCUCCCUUUCCACACCCCGAUGGGGCUCGGCGGCCGCAGAAAGCCCUCGGCACUUUCUGCAUCUUCCGUCUCGGCCGCGCUUGCUCCCGCGCCGGAUCUAUUCCAAAAUUGCUGAUGCUGAAACCAAGGUCCAAGCACACAAGGGUCAGUCAGAAAUCAUUUUUUUAGGCACAGGAACUAGUGAAGGGAUACCUCGAGUGAGCUGCCUCACAGCUGAAUCAAAAAUAUGUGAGGUUUGCUCAAAAGCAUCUGUGCCUGGAGACAAGAACAAUAGACUUAAUACAAGCAUCCUUAUAUGCUAUGUCAAUUCUUUGGGAAGAUAUAACAUUCUUGUAGAUGCUGGCAAGUUUUUCUAUCAUAGCGCUCUUCGAUGGUUUCCUACCUAUGGGCUGAGAAAGAUUGAUGCAGUCAUCAUAACCCAUUCACAUGCCGAUGCAAUUGGAGGUCUUGAUGAUCUCCGAGAUUGGACAAAUAAUGUCCAACCAUCCAUCCCUAUUUAUGUGGCACAACGUGAUUUAGAGGUGAUGAAGAAGACUCAUUAUUACAUAGUGGAUACCAGUGGGCUGAUUCCUGGUGCCGCUGUAUCAAAAUUGCAUUUCAAUGUGAUUAAGGAGGAACCAUUUGUGAUUCACGAUCUUAAGGUUACUCCUCUACCUGUUUGGCAUGGAAAAGGUUACCGUUCUUUAGGUUUUCGUUUCGGAAAUAUUUGCUACAUAAGUGAUGUUAGUGACAUACCAGAAGAGACUUACAUGCUCCUCAAAGACUGCGAUCUUCUUAUCCUGGAUGCACUGAGGCCAGAUCGUUCUUCUUCAACACACUUCGGACUACCAAGGGCUCUAGAUGAAGUACGCAAGAUUCAACCGAGGCGGACUCUUUUUACGGGCAUGAUGCACUUGAUGGACCACGAAAAGAUAAAUGAACAGCUCGCCAAGUUGCAGGAUUCUGAAGGUCUGAAUGUCCAAUUAAGCUAUGACGGACUCCGCAUCCCAGUAAACCUAUAGCUGAUGCCACUACUCAUCGCUGCAUCUUGGCACCUAAUCCUACCAUACGAAUCUGAGUCCCUUUAGGCUCUUCAGUAAUGGUAGCGACCGCGGCUAGUCAAUAAUGAAGUGAUGACGAGUUCUUCCAAUUUAAAUGCUCCAAUGUCUUACCAAUUGUAUUCUUCAAAGGUCAGCACUAAAUAAUUAGAACAGGUACAGAGUUUUUGCACCGGUUUCACGCACAUUAAAUCAAUGUGUAUUUCUGAUUAGAAAUUUGCAUCAUGGAGUUGAUUUGCUUUGUA